CUCGACCCUCUACCCCCCAAAUAAUUAUUAAAAAAUUAAAAAAAAAAAAUCCUCGUCAGAACGGGCGAUGGAUUAGAAGAACGAAUAAAGAGCAGCUCUAUAUAUAUUAUUUUCCAUUUCGUAUUUAACUACUACUCCUCGUGAGCCUCCUUCUCCUCCUCCUCUUCCUCUCUCCAGUCUUCACGCUCCCGAUAAAAAGUUAGGGUUUCAACCCCGGCCCGCCAAAUUCCCUCCCCCUAGAAGCACUCGCGAUAUCUGCCUUGCUCUCGGGUUAUCCAUUGCAUGUUUCCGAUCUGCCGCGGGGACUCCACUGCGAUUCCACCGCAGCUUCACAGUCUUCGCCGCCGACAAUGUCGUCGCCGAAGGCCUCGCCUUCAGCCUCCGCUUCCAGAUCGGAGCCUUUUGCUCACCUUACGUUAUGUUCACUCCUUGCAGACAGAGGGGAUGCAAGAAACGAGUCCUGCUCCUAAAGAAAUUUUAUCAGUCAUUGAUUCCUUUAAAAAACAAGUUGCUGCUAACCGAUGUGUUUUUAUAAAGAAAAGGAUGGAAGAAACCAGCCUGAAGUUGGUUGACAUCAGCACACAUCUUUACAAGUUAUCACUAGAAAGAAGAAAUGAUAAAGUAAUGUGUCCAGAUAAAAGCAUAGACCUUCUAAUGAAGAGGCAAAAAGAUGCAAUUGAUAUGCAAAAUGGUAUUGAUGUAAGUUAUGGGGACAAGGACAGUAAUAGCUCCCAGGAAGAUGGCCAUGCCUGUUCAGCAAUUUUGCUAGGGUCUAGUAUAGCAGUGAAGAAUGCUGUCCGCCCUAUCAAGCUUUCUGAAGUAAAAAGACUACCUCCUUAUACAACUUGGAUUUUCUUGGAUAGAAAUCAGAGAAUGACGGAGGAUCAGUCAGUAGUAGGUCGAAGGAGAAUUUAUUAUGACCAAAAUGGGGGUGAGGCUCUAAUUUGCAGUGACAGCGAGGAAGAAAUAAUUGAUGAAGAUGAAGAAAAGAAGGAGUUUGGGGAUUCUGAAGAUUAUAUUCUGCGAAUGACCAUCAAAGAAGUUGGCUUGUCUGAUGCUGUAUUGGAUGCCCUAGCACAGUGUUUUUCCAGAAAACCUUGUGAAGUCAAGGAGAGGUACGAAGCUCUUGUCAAGGGAGAAUCUACCAUGGAGGGGCCUGGGAAUACGGUUCUUGAUAAAGAUCUUGAUGCAGCUCUGGAUUCUUUCGACAAUCUGUUUUGUCGUAGAUGUUUUGUUUUUGAUUGUAGACUGCAUGGAUGUUCCCAGGAUCUUGUUUUUCCUACGGAGAAGCAAUCUCCUUGCAGCUGUCCAGUUGAGGAGAACCUACCGUGCAGCCUUCAAUGCUAUAAGCUGGUACUAAAGUCUGAGCAGAAUGCUACAGUAAGCUUCCCUAUGCUGGUUGAUUCUGGAGAAAAACGAGUUGGUUCCCUUGAUGGUAGUGACACUCAAACAUCGGAGAGGAAACUUCUGGGUUCAUCUGUGCGGAGGAGGCCAAAAUUAUGCAAAAGUGAAAGUGCUUCCUCAAGUGCAAGGAAAGGAUCAGAAAGCAGUGGCUCAGAGACUAGAAUACAGGACAUUACUCCUGGAACCCAAUCUUCAUCACCGCCAAAAUCUAAGCUUGCCAGAAAAUAUGGGAUUUAUAAGAGGAAUAGCAAGCGAGUUGCUGAACGUGUUCUAGUUUGCAUGCGGAAAAGGCAGAAGAAAAUGGUUUCUUCUGAUACUGAUGCUGUUGCGAGUAGACGACUUGGCUCAAGAGAUGCAAAAAUUCGAUCCAGUCCUCAUAAAAGAAGUGAUCAUUCCUGUUCAUUGCAAAAAUCUUUGAGCAUUGGAAGACCAAGAAGGAAGGAGUCACCAAUUCUUUGCAAGAAAAAUAUUAUGCAGAAGAAAGUUCCCGAUGAGACAUCAGAUAAGGUAAUUAGUGACUGGCCAGUGUGUGGCAAUGACAGCUUGCGGAAAGAAGAGUUUACUGGUGAAAAUGUCUGUAAACUAGAAUCAAGUGAUGGUAAACCUUGGAGUAUUAUUGAAAAAGCUCUUUAUGGAAAAGGUUUGGAGAUAUUUGGAAGGAACAGCUGUUUAAUUUCCAGGAAUCUUAUGAAUGGUAUGAAAACCUGUUCGGAGGUAUUUCUAUACAUGAAUUGCUCUGAGAAUAGGCUAUGUUCUCGACCAGGUGAUGGUAUGAAUUCUCUGCUUGAAGGCUACUCCAAACUCGAUGGUGGUGAAACUGCAGGCAAUGAAGUUAGAAGAAGAUCAAGAUUUUUACGUAGGAGAGGUCGGGUUCGCCGCUUAAAGUACACUUGGAAGUCUGCUGGAUAUCAUUCAAUUAGAAAACGGAUUUCGGAUAAGAAAGAUCAGCCUUGCAGGCAGUACAACCCUUGCGGGUGCCAAUCUGCUUGUGGGAAGCAGUGUCCUUGCCUUUUAAAUGGGACCUGCUGUGAAAAAUACUGCGGGUGUCCAAAGAUUUGCAAGAAUCGGUUUAGGGGCUGUCAUUGUGCAAAAAGUCAAUGUCGGAGUCGUCAAUGUCCAUGCUUUGCUGCAGACCGGGAAUGUGAUCCGGAUGUUUGCAGGAAUUGCUGGGUCAGUUGUGGUGAUGGAACACUUGGGGUUCCUUCCCAAAGAGGUGAUAAUUAUGAAUGUAGGAACAUGAAGCUUCUCCUCAAACAACAGCAAAGGGUUUUGCUGGGGGGAUCUGAUGUUUCUGGCUGGGGGGCAUUUUUGAAGAAUAGCGUUGGCAAACAUGAAUACCUUGGUGAAUAUACGGGGGAACUGAUCUCACACAGGGAAGCAGACAAGCGUGGAAAAAUUUAUGACCGGGAAAAUUCUUCAUUUCUCUUCAAUCUUAAUGAUCAGUUUGUUCUUGAUGCUUAUCGGAAGGGUGAUAAAUUAAAGUUUGCCAACCAUUCUCCAGAUCCAAACUGCUAUGCUAAGGUUAUUAUGGUGGCCGGGGAUCAUAGAGUGGGUAUAUUUGCUAAGGAACGAAUUAGUGCUGGAGAGGAACUGUUCUACGACUAUCGUUAUGAACCAGACCGAGCUCCAGCUUGGGCAAGAAAACCUGAAGCAUCGGGUACCAAAAAAGACGAGACUGCCCCUUCAAGUGGGCGUGCUAAGAAGCUUGCCUAGUUGAGCAUUCUUUUACAAACCUAAUUUCAAUUUUUUGUCAUUCUUUUACAAAAGAGCCAGUUAUCAUUGAUCUUCAAGAAUGUGGAUUCUUGAACCAUUUCCUUGCUGGAGAGACGGCAAUUGCUGUCUCCACUGAUACCCAGUUGGAAUGUUCUUUUACUCAUUCAUGCGUUAUUCAAAACUGAGUAUAUUGGCCGAAGCGGCAAUGAAGGAAGCUCCAAUUACUGAACUAAGUUAUUAGUUGCAUUCAAUUUUCCGUUUAAAAGGGAAGACAGGCCCAUGCGUACUAGUGAAGUCAGCUUUAGGAUGACUCCGAAUGAGAUGCUGGUUAAAUGCGAAGAGAAACCGUGGAGGCUUCUCAACAUGCGGCUAAAGCGUGCAGGCACCGAAUGUAUACCUCGAGACUUUACACGUCUCAAUCAUUUAUCAGCUACAUUGGUACGCAUUUAUGGCAUGGUGGGCGCGAGCAAGCACUAGUUUGGUUCACAGGUCUGAACCAGACAACCGACCCCACCGCAGUGACCGGAGAAGAGGUUCAUUUGAAGAUUCGCCCACUAGGUCGAGGGGGAGAAAAAAGGACGAGGGAAGAUGGAGAAAAUAGGGAAAGAGUUCUUGGGUGGUUAGAAUAUGCUGAUUUGGUCUUUCAAUAGUUUUGACUACUUUAUUCCUACGAUCUAAUUAAAGUAGGCUAGAGUAACACGCAACAGCAAAUAUGAUGUAAGAAUCGUGUAGGUAUUGAAAAUUUGGCAGGAUCCUGAGCUCUGUCCCUACUAAAACUAAUAAAUAGUAUUAGCAUAUCCUUUUAAGUCCUCGCACUCCCUCAUGAAGUGGGUAGUUUUUGGAAUGGCGAUAAGCUUCCAGAUUUAAUGAGAUGGUUGGGAAAUUUGCGUGGGAUUAGGAUAAUAUCUAAAGAGACAGCCGCAGAAGUAGUGGUCCUGCGGGUCGGUGAAGGACAAGUAAUCAAUGCACGUUCCCUUCCCUGGGUAGGAUUUGUUGGUUGCAUCCGAAAGAAAGGACGACGAUUGAGAAAUUCACAUGAACUGAAUUGGAAAGCUUACUGCAUAAAAAAGUCAAAAAUGUUAUUACAUUAAUUUUUAUAAUUCCGAUGAUUGUGAAAAUUACCUUAGAAGACAUUUUUUUUCUAUGUUUAGGUCUACCAGUGAAACAUCGCAGGAAAUCAGUGGAACAUCGCAGGGGCAGGGCAGCAUGCACAAUUAGUGGAAACCGCCCAAGAGAAUCGGCUGUCCCACCAUGUGAAAAGCACGUAAAGAAAGCCAGUACGAACAAUAAAGCAAAAAGCAGAAUUAAAAAAGAAAAAAAAAGAGUUAAGAGAGGCGGGGGAGGCAAGAUAUUACAGACAGGAUACAUGGUAAAAAUGGGCCAAAAUUUUCAAAGGCAAAGAAAAAAAUAAAUAAAUAAUUAAUUACGCAUGUUCCCAAACUACGUGGUCGACUGUGUCACGUCAGCUUUCACCUCACCUUCACCUUCACUCUCACCUUAUCUAUUUUGCACGAAAACGAAAAAAAAAAAAAAAGAUAUUGGCCAAUCCAUAGGCAGG